UACCUUGAUUGUGACCUUCAUUUGUUUGAUCUUGAUGAGCUUGAAUGUAAGUUUGAUGUGGUGUAUAUUGACCCUCCCCUGGAGGAGUAUCAGCGCCGUGCAUCUGGUACUACUUUUAACUGGAAACCAUGGACAUGGGAUGAGGUUUGUCAAUAAUUAUUUUUUGCCACUGCAGUGUUUCUAGCCCAAAGGAAAAAUAAACCCAGGAGGCACAUUAAUAUUUGACGUUUUUAUAUGUUACAGGUCAAAAUUAAAUUCAGGUUAAAUUUUUUAACCUUGGUUGAUUUUUUAUUUCUUUUGUCUUCUAGCCCUAAUUAUUUAUGAAUUAGGGCUAAGAGACAAAGAAAGUUGAGAAUCAACCUAGGUUAAAAUACUUCACCUAACCUGAAUUUAAUUUUGACCUGUAACAUAUAAUAUUGUUUACUCAUGGAAUUGACGAAAAAUAGAGAAAGAAAAAAUAUAUUGGGCAGGGUUCGGACAGAGUCUUGAAUUCUUGAAAAAGUCUUGACAUUUGCAAAGCAGUUUUCCAGAACUGGAAAAAGUCUGGAAAAUAGAGAUAAAGUCUGGAACAACGGUAAAAAGUCAGGAGUUUUUUAAAGCUACAUGUACAACAAGUGCUUAAUAAGUGAAUGUUUUCCCUGUGGUCAAAUCCUAUUCAAUUUCGCCCGUAGCCAAGACAUUUAAUCACAGAAUGAGAAGUUUCAUAACUCUCUUACGUCCGCGUUGCUAAGUUUAGGAAGGAGACCGCGACUGCCAGGACAAUAGGCAUAUCUCUGUUACUGAGGGUAUGCGACGUUAACUGCCACCAGGGGAGGUGAGAGGGGUGAAACUUCGAAGUCAUUUCCGCUAACUCCGUUGAACUGGCCAAGCCGCCGGCGGGAAAAAACCGUGCAAUUCUAAGUGAGAGCCACGAUGCCAUGUCACAAACGCACAGGCUCGACUGGACAGCAUUUAAACGAGUUUCUUAUUUCCCGCGUCACGGGUUAACUGUGUAUGCAUUGAGAACAGUGACAGCAUGGUCUCUAAUAUUGCAGCUUUUUAUUAAUUUCAACUUCUUAUUUUCACUAAAAAGAUAGCCAAACACACUUGCCCUUUUUGUUUGAAAUUGAUGGUUUGUAUAUUUUGUAGAUAAUGAAACUUGAAGUAGAAAAGGUUGCAGCACAACGCUCAUUCCUCUUUCUUUGGUGUGGCUCCCACGAAGGACUGAAUGAAGGCAGAAAGGUAAAACAACUGAACUUUCGCUCGAAAUAUCAACUUUUCAAUCCCCCAAUCAACUUUAUCAACUCAGUUAUAAUAUAUUGAUUUUGCCAAGGCUAAGGGCGAAGCUCCCGUUGGUGAAUUUUUAUAAUUUCCUUCAAACAAUAAACAUGUAACUAUUACAGAGAAAUCCUAUUAGAGUUGAGCCUGCGAUGAGUUGAAAACAAGUUACUUGUCAGGGGAUAACUUAAAAAAAGCGUAACCGCGAUGGGUCAACACCUCAGCCAGCGAGACUGGUUUUUGAUACUGGUCAGCGAAUACCUUGUUUUGACAGCUGUCAACUGACCACAACAUGGAUGUGCAAUAUUACGUCGCAAGCUCCUACACUAGCGAGAAAAUCUGACAUUUCACUUCGUUUCGCUGUGUUGCUGGCCGAAGGGCUUACAGUCACGUGACUACCAAAAUUUCUCGGAUGGAUAGGUAACCACUCUUGCUCUAACAUGGGGGCAAUGGAAAUAUUAAUGGGCUUUUACUUAAAGGGAACCUCCACUUCAGCAAAAAGAUAACUUUAAAUCACAGGAAAGAACUGUUACAGUCAAGUCAAUCUAAAAUAUUUUUAAAGAAAGCGUUUGUAUCCGAAAGAAAUAACUUUUAGAUUCGCCUAUUUUUGUUUUCAAAUUUUGCGGGCGUCGCCAUCUUGAAUAAUUGUGAAGUGUUACGGUUGCCCCAUUGUUAUUAAACAAAAGCUCUUUGUGUCAGAACAAUAGAGCAAUCGUAACACGACACAAUUAUUCAAGAUGGCGGCGCCCGCGAAAUUUGAAAGUGAAAAUAAGCGAUUUUAAAAUUCACUUUUCCUGAUAUAAACACUUUUUUUAAGGACAAAUUUCGAACAAAUUUGUUUAUCAACAUAAUUUUAUUCGAUUUAAACUUAUUCUGUAGUAAGAGUGGAGGUUCCCUUUAAAAAGCAGUUAUGUCACAAUCUUGGAUUGAAUUUACUCCCUGCUCUGGGUUAAUGUUAACCGGCUUUCGAAGAACGGGGCUCUUCCAUGACGAGCGCCCGAAAGCCGCCAUACCGAAGAAUUCCUUCGUCAGGCAUUGUGUUAUUUUAUUGUUUUAGCAGUAAUCGCCCUCUCACUCUGCUUGAAACCCUCCAAGAGUAAGAAAGAUUCCUUUAUGCCUCUACACUAAAGCAAAGAAAGUGCUUCCCACAAGUUAUUUUUCUUCUUCUCAACUAGUGCUUAAGAAAGUGGGGAUUCCGUCGUUGCGAGGACAUUUGCUGGAUCAAAACAAACAAAACCAAUCCUGGAAACACCAAAUACCUUGAACCUGAUGCUAUAUUUCAACACACUAAGGAGCACUGUCUGAUGGGAAUCAAAGGAACCGUCAGAAGAAGCACUGACGGAGACUUCAUCCACGCUAACGUUGAUAUUGACCUUGUUAUCACAGAAGAGGUAAAUUGUGCAGUUCACUAGUUCUUAUUGCUCGGUCGCUAAUUACUAAAGAUAAUUGUAGAGUUCCUUAAAGGGACUAUAUCAUGCUGUAUGCUAUCUUUUUAAAAAGCUAAUUCGUGUUUUGCAUUGAUUGAAUUCUAAAAAUAAUGGUCCGGUUUUGUUAUUUAAGAAUCUGCUUCUUGUCGCCUGUUGCAAGGGAUAGCAAGGAUGGACAUGGAUUGAAAAUUGAAAAAGUUAGGCCAACUUUUUCAAGUUUUAAUGCCAUACCUGCCAGUUGCACUAAGAGGUCACGUGACCAAUGCUUCCUUUAAACGAUGAGUUGGAAUCUUGGUGAUGCCAAAAAUUGACAGAGCACAUAAAAAUUAUCUUAAACCCGAAAUUUGAGAGGAAACGCAUUUAAGGGAGAUAUUUAAUGGCACUUUGAUUUUUCAACAAAAGCAGUAUGAUUUGUAUUGGCCGCCAUGUUGGAAGGCAUACUCUUGCCCUCCAACAUGGCGGCCAAAACUACUUUUUGCUUAUAUCUUGUUAAACGUUUGAUAGUUACGCUCAGAUGUGCUGUAAACGUUACCACAUCAUCUUUUCAACAUUUCCCUUGAACUUUAAGUGCAAAAUUUGUGUUCAGAAAGAUGUAAUUCCUAAUUUUAAAAAUCACAUUUUGGUCACGUGACCAGCUACGGAACUUACUCAUUUUAAGAAAAUGGUGCAGGUUUGACAAACCAAAUCACUAUUAUUUUGUUUAAGAUAUGACCCACUAAUCGUUUUUGGAAGGCAAAAUCAUAUAACUUUCAUUUUCAUAAAAACGAUGUCACAUGACCUCUUAGUGCAAAUGGCGGUUAGCACUCCCCGAUAAGAUUUGUUUGAUUUUUUUUUGUAUAAUUUUACAGGAAUAUUUUGGGUUUGUGGGUAAAAGAACUAAGUCAUGUCUUUAACUCAGAAUUGACUUAGAACAGGAAUAUGCUAGUGACAUAGCUCCUUUAAGUUAGAUUUAAUAUAUUUAUUCGAAUGCGCGUUGCCACAUGGCAGUGAAGUAUUCACCAGUCAGGUGUAAAUCUGCUUUCUUUACGUUCAAGCUUCAUCGCGAUUAUUUAAUCAUCUUGGUCGUCUCGAGCGCCUCGAUUUUUUGGGACAAUCGAGGCCAUGCGGACGAUUAUGGAGAAACCGGACCGUAUAAAAAUUCAAUCUAGGGGAUGGUCAUAAUACUCCCAAUACCCCGCCUACCCAGGCGUUUCUUGGGAUUUUCGGAAAAGUAGCGGCGCCAGUGGUCAUAGGAAUUUUUUUGGUGUAAAGCGAGUAGGACCAUGGGAAAGCUUCAAAAGCGCAAAGGCACAUGGGAAGGCUCAACAUGAACAGCGAAACAUCGCUUCCCGUAUAUCGUCCUUCACAUAACCAUGUGCACCGCGACUAGUGCCGAAAAUUCCAGCAUUGCAUGUAAGAUGUUGUAAGACACCGCCGUCGUCGUUCCUCAAUCGUCUCCUUUUAAGACUGUUUUCGAUAUGAUCACUAAGAUCUUAGGCCAGCGUUCUAAAAGAUAGAAGCGAUCAUAUAAAAGCUAGCCUGUUGGGCCCUUUGUAUUAAUCCUGACCGCGAAAAGGAUCGCGCCAAGUAAGUUUUGCCAGGGUAAUUCCGGUCCAUUUGAUCAUGUUUUGUAUCAUAAAGGGAAAUGUCAGCUACUAUGGGUCAGCCAAUGGGUCGAGGAACUUAAAAAGAGCUGUUAUCGAGCGUCUGAAUCUUACCGUAACUGUAAUGGUACUUGAGACUGUUUAUGUUAAAACAGCCUGCCGAGAGGCCCUCUUAGCAACGAUUUGUGAACUGUGCUUCUUGAUUUAUUAAGGCAAUGUGUAAUAAUGUGUAGUUCUAGAAAAUAUUCAUACCCCUACCCCCCACGGAGGUCACUUUUGCUUUAGACCCCUCACCCCCUGGAGAGCUUGUCAUAUCCCCCCACCCGCUAGAAUUUGCGUAAUUUUUCAACUUGGUUGGGUUCCUCCUGGAAAGAAUAUUGCACUAAAUAAUGUUUUUGCACUAUAUUAUGUGAAAGAUAAUUUUUCCCUCCCUCGGAAUAUCCAUUGCUCUCCGUGGGGGGGAGGGGCUAGGAUAUUUUCUCGAACUACAAAAUACAGUAAAUACUCAUGACGAUUACGUUGAUCUGUUACCGAUUUAUAGCCACCUCUUGGGAGUACAGAAAAACCGACUGAAAUAUUCCAUAUAAUGGAGCACUUCUGCCUAGGGCGGCGCCGGCUUCAUUUGUUUGGUAGCGAUGACACUUUAAGACCAGGUAAUGUUUAUCAGGUAUUGUUAUAAUUUUUUCUUUGAAUUUGUUGAAAAUAGUAUAACUAUGUUCGAGCAAAAUAUACAAAUAAUUCAGUACUAGAAUAAAAUCGAUGUGUCAGAGAGGAGAACAAAGGGUCACAUCUGCGUAACUAGGCAUUAGUAUAACGAAAGAAAGAGCACUAUAACUUUAUACUAACUUAUAAUUAAUAUCAAUUAAAUUGAAAGUAGAAUAUCGUAAAUCCUCCAUAAAGCCUCCUCACCCAAAUAGGCCCCCUCUCUAAUGAGUCCCGCUUUUCCGAGGAAGAAAGUAAAUGAUCCUCCCUCUCUUUUAAGCCAUCCCCCAUCACCUCCCACCCUUAUUAUUUUUAACUAAUAAAGGAGACUGUAUUAUUCGAUCAUGACUAAAACUUCAUUUAGACUGACCCGGGAUGGUUUAUUUACGUGUUGAAAGUUCGGAUUUGUUUCUGAUCCUCGGCUGCAUGACCUCCACCUUCUUGUACUUGAGCUUUUCCACUUCGUAUUCUAGUUCUGUACGGAGAACUAAUACCACCAUGUUCGCAAAUUAACUAAGCUCCCUCCCCUCUGAAAAUAAAAUAAAUAAAUAAAUAAAUAACGAUUUGCAGGUAGCACAUCCACAUAGUGGUUCUUCGUCUACCUGAUUCCUGGUCGAAUUGGAAUUUGGAAAUGUUGGUUUUUGAGGAGAGGGGAAAACCGGAGUACCCGGAGAAAAACCUCUCGGAGCAAAGGAGAGAACCGACAACAAACUCAACCCACAUAUGGCAUCGACGCCGGGAUUUGAACCCGGGCCACAUUGGUGGGAGGCGAGUGCUCCCACCAGUGCGCCACCCUUGCUCCCCUUCUCUAUUGAGCACCUCCCCAGUUCGAAAUAAAUAAGCCCCCGGGGAGUUAAAAGAGGAUUUACGAUAGAAAAAAAAAGCUAUAUUUAGAGCGGACUAAACGUUGAACCAAUAACCACAGAUAAGUGAAACAUGACGAAAAGUUUUCCUAACAGUAAGACUGACAAACCUUUAAUUUCCGACCUCGCCGACACAAUUUCCAGUUCGCUGAAAAUCAUAUUCUACCUUUUAAUUUUUGUUUUUGUUUUGUCUUUUUUAAGGCUGGCUGUCGGUAGGACCAAGUCUAACAAGUCGAAAUUUCUCCGCCGACCUGUACAACUCCUACUUUUCCAGCGGACCUGAAGACCUUCUUGUCGGCUGCACACAAGAAAUUGAGACUCUCAGACCUAAAUCGCCUACGGGGAAACAUAAAGGAGACGGAGGGGGGCGCGGAGGGGGAAAUGCCCCGAAUCGUGGGGGACCAGGUGCCAGGGCUCGGGGAGGGGUCCGUGGGGGAAUGAUGCGGGGUGUAGGUUUUCAAGGGAGUGGAGGAAGAGGUUUUGUGAGCUUUUCUGUUAGGUAA